AUGCCGCCUAGGGUAUCCGGUGCGAGCGGCUCGCUCGCGUCUCUCGACACGGCCCUCGCGUCCUCGUCGUCUGCCUCCCAAUGUGCGCGACGCACCUUUUCGACAACGCCGGCGACAUGCAUGUCGCGUCGUCGCUAUGAUAUGCACAAGUGGCUGAACGAGAGGGCCACUCGUCUCUACGACCAGAGCUCGCCUGGGCCGCGGUACCUCGGUGCCCAGAGCGAUCAGCCCUUCCCCAACAACUCACUCUUUCGGAGUCAACCUGUCCUGUCGGACAUGCUCAAGGAGGAGAUCUACAACCGAAUUGUGGUCAAGGGCGACGCCAUAAAGAGUGUCAGUCGCGAAUUCAGCGUUGACGUGAGGAGAGUGGGCGCUGUUGUCCGGUUGAAGGAGGUGGAGAAGCGCAUGAUUGCAGAGGGCAAACCACUGGCUACCCCCUAUGCGCGUGCGAUCAACUCUAUGCUCCCUCAGACGCGACUGCCCACACCUGGCUCUGACGAGAAGCCGAUUCCCCACGAGCCCAUCAACGAGAUUCCUGUGCAUCGGCACACCCGACGCCAGCUCUUUGUUCCCGUGUCUGAAUCACGGCACUUUACCCGUGCCGACGCCGCGCACGCCUUUGACGAGAACCUCCUACCUGUCGACCAGAGGUCGUUCCACCAGGAACUCAUCGCGGCGGAGCGCAAGAUUGUCAAAGGGGAGCAGGAUCGCGGCGAGGCGAUGAAGGCGUGGGAGCUCGACGUGCAGGCCACGGAGGAAGCACACGCGGCCAAGGUGGGCGAGCAGCUCGAGAAGGAGAGGAGCCGCGUCAAGAGCUACGAGACGGGGCGGGCGGCGUACCGAAUCAAGGAUGUCAGCGUGGACGACGCGGGUCGUGAUGGCAAGGGCCCCAGGGCGAGUGGCUGGCGGUACGGCGCGCCGCACAUGGACCGCAAACGGGGCGCGGUCAAGAUCCCGACGUCGGUGCCCUGA